ACCUACUCCCUCAUCCACAACAGUGCGCCCUACCGCUGCCGCCGCUUGUUUGCUUUGCCACUCUUUCCUGCGUGCACACUCCAGAGUCCAGACAACACUGGCGGCUCUCUCACCUGCUGCUGCCAAUAUCUCAAUGUCCACCAACCUGAAGAUUCACCGCACCAUCUCCCACUGGUACUAGUAGUAUCCACCCCGUCUUCGUGUAGCUGUGCCAGUGCGAGAUUGUUUCGGAGCCACCGGAGCCGGGGGCUUCUCGAGAUGAGCUGAUGUCGCGUGGGAGUGGGACUCGGGCAUCGUAAAACAGAGUUCUAGUGUCUCUGACCAACCAGCAAGUCCCCUUCUCAAGUUGGUUUUUUUCGCUCUGCCCUGGCAUGGGUAGGCCUAGAGGGAAGGCCAAGAAAUCGGCUGAGGAUGCGAGGGACGACGACGACGGUAGUGGCGGCGAGGAGGCCGCUCCGACCGACCACAAGAGGAACGGCAGUCCUCUGAAGCCUCUGAGGGACGACGGAGCCGACGAAGAAGUGGAGGACAUCGCCAAGGUCGCGGAGGUCGCAGACAGCGUGAAACCGGUCGUGCCAACCGAGGGUGCCGACAGCACGGUUGGGGGUAAAGUUCCUGACGGAGCGAUGAAGAGGCCGCGGCGGCGCCGGCGGCGUCUGCAGGUGAAGCGAAGCUCCGAGUCGGUUGAGGACGUCGGCGACAAAGACGGUGACGACGUGAGGACAAAAUCGAACGGGUUCCGGCGAAACGGAAGCCGCCGGAAGAACUCUACUCCCCGGCGGGCAGCCGAGGCGGGAGUAGUGUGAGUGUGUGACCGGUGGGUUUAGCAAAUGGGCAUUGAUAGGAUGUGCUAGUGACGCUGGUCUUUUACUUUUAUGUUACUAGUACUAGUAUACUUUUAUGUUACUAGUACUAGUACUGGUACUCUACCAGCGGUACUUUGUUGCAUAGAUCGUCAAACGUACUAGAUGCUUGUGUCUGUGAGCAUGAGCAUGUUUUUUUUAGAGAUUAUGAUGAGCAUAUGCCAUCAUGUCUAGUUGUAUGUUCUUCCACUCGUUUUGGAUAACAAGGUGGCUGUGGCCUUAGGUGACUUAAUUGUACUGGCUGCUACUGUUA